AUAAUUAUAAUGGCAUAGUUAAGAUAUUUGAAGUAGAUGAUUUUGAUUGCAAUAAAGCUCAAGAAGAAUUAGUUGAUAGUAUAGUUGAAGCAGAUAAUUUCAAUUGCAAUAAAGUUCAAG